CAUCUUCCAACCAAAAGCAAUCCUCUUAUCGUCUAAGCAACGCAAUGGAACCCCUAUAUAAUUGGGAGAAUUGUUUAAUCCAAAACCAUAUUCUCUUUUCUCAUCUACAACUUGUAACCAUAAAAUAAAGAAGACUGCCAUGGCUUCCAACCACACCAAAAAAGUGCUCCACGACCUCUCUCCUUAUCUCGUAGUGUACACAGAUGGAACCAUCGAGAGAUUCGUGAUCACAACUAGUGUCCCUCCGUCACCGGAGGACCCAACCACUGGCGUAGCCUCCAAAGACAUAAUAGUUGUUUCACCGGAUGUCAAAGCCAGACUAUUCCUGCCAAAGCUGACAGACACCGACCAAAAACUCCCCGUUUUAGUCUACUACCAUGGCGGUGGAUUUAUCGUCGAUUCCCCCUACUGUUUGCCCUACCACCGUUACAUGAAUUUUUUAGCCGCCGAAGCAAAAGCUCUAAUCAUUUCUGUUGAAUACAGGCUCGCCCCUGAACACCUUCUACCCAUAGCCUAUGAAGAUUCGUGGACUGCCCUUCAAUGGGUGGCAUCUCACGUUAUUGCAAACGCUAAUAUCGAAAAGGAUCCAUGGAUUAUUAAACAUGGCGAUUUUGGUCAUCUGUAUAUCGGUGGCGAUAGUGCAGGUGGCAAUAUAGCACAUAAUAUUGCUCUCCGAGCUGGGGUGGAACCAUUGAUCGGGGAUGUGAAAAUCAUGGGUACGUAUCUAUGUUAUCCGUAUUUCUGGGGAUCAAAACCAGUUGGACCGCAAUCAAAAGAAGAUUUGACUGGUUUUGCAUAUAAAGUUUGGAUGUGUGUUUAUCCAUCAGCCGCUGGUGGGAUUGACAAUCCGAUGAUCAAUCCAUUUGUAGAGAACGCCCCGAGCUUAUCCGGGCUGGCGUGUUCAAGGCUGCUGGUUUGUUUAGCAGGGAAGGAUGCAUUUACGCCUAGAGGGAUUCUCUACGUUGAGACUGUGAAGAAAAGUGGGUGGAAAGGUGAAGAACAACUGGUGGAGGUUGAUGGAGAAGAUCAUGAAUUUCAUGUAAAUAAUCCUUAUACUGAGCAAGCAAAGGAUUUGAUGAAGAAAUUGGCUGCUUUCAUUUCCAAGUGAGAUUUUUUUCAGCUUUUGUAAUAAGUAUGCAUAUUUCAGCUUGUGGUGUAGUUUAUAUUGAACGUGUUGUGGCCAAGUUUACAAUAAUAUUUACUUAUGCAAGAUUACUUUUUA